UAAAAAUGGCGUAUUCAGGUGUUCAAUUUGUUUAGUUUAAAGCAACAGAAGCGGCAUGUCACAUCUGCAGUGUGAUUGGAGAAGAUGCUGACUCGAGAUUUUCACAAGAACGGAACCCAUUGAGGGUAAGUUGGAUGAGGCGAUAGCCAGAGCGAAAAUGAACGACCACAUCAACUUGGCGCACUACAAUAGAAAAAUAACCAGACUGAGCAGGAACAUCAACCAGCUCUGCACCAACCAUCCAGCUUUGGAGGAGAUACUUAAAAACAACACUUACCAUCUUAGUCCUGAAAUUAUACGUAAGUUUGAUAAGGCCAUGGCGAUUUACCAUCGACACGUCAACGAUGGAAUUUGCCCGAGGGACCGCACUGAAACGCAGCAUCAGUCGUUGAAGGCGCUAAUCGAGAAAUGGGACAUGACCAUUAAACAUCUAGCCAAGGGUUAUGAGAAGGCCAAUCAAGUUAUAAAAACGUUCAAAACCAACAGGAAAAUUUUAGAAAAAGUCCAAGUUGAUAUGGAGGAUUUGGCCAAGCUUUGUCUUAGGAAGGCGGCCAUUCUGGAAAUGGCGCACAGGCACAAGUAAUAUGUACUGACAUCAAAUUUAUUCAUUACGUAAAAAUAUAUAAAUAUAAAUAUAUAUAGAUAUA